GUCACCUUUCUUCAUAACUCUAUCUGAGCCAAGGCAAAUCAUCCAUCAAACAAUGAAUCCUAUGUUUUCUUACCUUUGAAUUGCCAAAUCAACGUUAAUAUUUACAACCCAAACAACUCUCCCUUUCCCUUUUCUCCUCUCUCUCUCUCUAGAACAAAAGGAUUGUAAAGCACUUGCCUUUUUUCUCUAUCAUUCUAAUUCAAAGCUCAUCAAUUGAUUGCACAUUCAAAACUGUGCCCUUUUUCUUUUGAACCCUUUUAAAGAAUUCAAUUCAGUUUCCAUGGAAGAUAGUAAUAGUACUAAUGAGCAACCUCCUCAUUGGCAUGACCCCCUUCUCCUGACUGAUGUACACCACCAACAACAACAUAAUACCAGCCCUCUCUCUUGCUCUUCAAAGACUGGACUCAUUUCUUCGAAGUCUCAAACUUUGGCCAUGGUAGAUUCAGAUUCAAAUGAAGAUAUGUGUUGGCAAGAAAGCCAAAGCGUAGAAUCAAUUACUAUGAAAAAACUGAUAGACCGAGUUGACAAUGAGGCGAUUGAUGGUAGGUCCAUGUUAGGGUUUUCAUUAACAUCUCCUGAUCUGGUCAUUUGUGCUGGUUCACCUGAUAUAUCCAGAACUGCUUAUGGAGAUUCUCCUGAAUUAUUGGAUGACAACAAGUGCUCAAUUGAGCUUUCUUUGGAGAAUGGUAUUGAUGGGUCUGAUAUGAAAGACUCUAUUAAGAGUCCAUGUGUAAAGUUUUCUUCUGUGUUUCAAACAUUCAACAAAGAGUUGUCUCCUGAAUCUUCGUUCGAGCUCCUUCCACAGCAAGAAAAAGAAGAGAAAUUGGUGAAAGAUUUUGUUCCUGGUGUGUGCAUUAAUGCAGGAUGCACUGACAGGGCUGUGGUUUUUGGGGGUGUAGAGUUUUUAGGGGAUGAUUGUUUUCUGGGUGGUGAUACAGUAAGGACUGAUGCUACGAUUGGGGAUGGACAGGAUGGGGGUCUUUCUCUUUACCAAACGGCACGGUAUGGUAACUUCUCGUAUUGUUUUCGGGCGCUGGAGCCUGGGAAUUAUGAUGUGAGUUUGCACCUUGCAGAAAUUGUAUUCACUGAUGGCCCUCCUGGGCUAAGAGUAUUUGAUGUUUUUGUACAAGAGAAGAAGGUUAUGUCAUGCCUCGACAUAUAUGCACAAGUAGGCGCAAAUAAACCUCUGGUUGUAUCUGGCCUGAAAGCUUUCGUAGAGGGUGAUGAGGACUUAUUGAUUAGAUUUGAAGGAGUGAUGGGAAAACCGAUUGUAUGUGGCAUUUCUGUUACAAAAGAUUUUUCUUCUAAUACUGGAGAAGCUAGAUUACUGAAACAUAUAGGAAUGUCUCAAGUAGCGGAGUGCAAUUCACCCAAAGAAUUAGGUCACCUUGAGGUGGAAGGGGAUUAUCAGAAGCUACUGAGAGAUCACGAGUUUCAGAGAAGGGAAUUAACAGAGAUGAGGAGGGCAAUGGAUGAACUUAAGAGGGAAAACCGACUUAAGAGCAGGGAAUGCCAAGAUGCUCUGAAGUCAUUACAGGAGCUCCAAAAUGAGCUCAUGCGCAAGUCGAUGCAUGUUGGGUCCUUGGCCUUUGCCAUUGAGGGACAAGUGAAAGAGAAGAGUAGGUGGUUCACAUCAUUGAGAGACUUGACAAGAAAACUGAAGAUUAUGAAAAUGGAGCACAUCAAGCUAUCAGAGGAGGCACUGGCAUACAAGAAUUGCCUUGUAGAUAUGGACGAUAUAAGGUCUACUAUUCUGUUCAAAAUGAAACAGCAAGUAGAUUUGCAUGAGGAUCUAAAGAUUAAAUUUGUUGAAGGAGCCAAAGAGAGAAAGGAACUGUACAAUAAGGUUCUAGAGUUGAAAGGAAACAUUAGGGUGUUUUGCCGGUGUCGGCCUCUAAAAUCCGAAGAAGUUGCAGCCGGAGCUUUAAUGACUAUUGAUUUUGAAUCUGCUAAAGAUGGUGAGCUAACUGUUAUGUCAAAUGGACUUCCAAAAAAGACCUUCAAGUUUGAUGCUGUUUUUGGCCCCCAAGCAAACCAAGCUGAUGUUUUUGAAGACACUGCUCCAUUUGCAAGCUCGGUCUUGGAUGGGUACAACGUCUGUAUUUUUGCAUAUGGACAGACGGGGACUGGAAAAACUUUUACAAUGGAGGGUACAGAAGAAGAUCGUGGAGUAAAUUUUAGGACUCUUGAGCAAGUUUUUCAUAUGAUUAAGGAGAGAGAGAAGCUAUUUCGAUAUGAUGUAUCUGUAAGCGUUCUUGAAGUUUAUAAUGAGCAAAUACAAGAUUUGCUGGUGUCAGACUCUCAGCCAGGAGUGGCUGCGAAGAGGCUAGAAAUAAGACAAGCUGGUGAUGGACUACAUCAUGUUCCUGGGCUGGUUGAGGCAAAGGUACACAACAUGAGUGAGGUUUGGCAAGUUCUAAGAACUGGUAGUAAUGCAAGGGCAGUUGGCUCUACCAAUGCUAAUGAGCACAGCAGCCGAUCUCACUGCAUACACUGUGUUAUGGUGAAGGGAGAGAAUUUAUUGAACGGGGAAUGCACAAAGAGCAAGUUAUGGUUGGUUGACCUAGCAGGAAGUGAGAGGAUAGCGAAGACAGAAGUGCAAGGAGAGCGGUUGAAGGAAACUCAAAAUAUUAAUAAAUCAUUAUCUGCACUUGGUGAUGUCAUAUCUGCUCUCGCAACUAAAAGCCCUCACAUCCCAUUCAGAAAUUCCAAGCUCACGCACCUUCUUCAAGACUCCCUGGGAGGAGAUUCAAAGACACUCAUGUUUCUACAGAUCAGCCCCAAUGAGAAUGACCUAGGUGAGACUCUAUGCUCGCUCAAUUUUGCAAGCAGAGUUAGAGGGAUAGAGUUGGGGCCUGCAAAGAGACAGUUGGACAAUGCUGAACUUCUGAGAUACAAGCAGAUGGCUGAGAAAUCAAAGCAAGAUUUGAAAAGUAAAGAUGUGCAAAUAAAGAAGUUGGAGGAUACAAUCAAUGGACUGGACUUGAAGACAAAAGAAAAGGAUUUUAAAUAUAAGAUCUUGCAAGAUAAGGUGAAGGAGCUUGAGGCACAGCUCCUAGUUGAAAGGAAGCUGGCACGCCAGCAUGUGGACACAAAGAUUGCCGAGCAACAGCAGCAACAGCAAACGAAACAGCAGCAAGAUGAGCCAAUUAUUGCACCGCCUAGGCCACCGCUUUCAAAUAGAAUAUUAGGGAGUAACAAGAAUUUUGAUGAACCUGUGAAUGGUGCGUUGAACAAAGAACAGACAAAUCUGACUCUGCCACCAAUGGGGAACACCAGUUACAAAUCCACAAUCCCCCUUCCCUCCACAGAGGGGGUUGUCAAGUUGACUGACUCUACUGAAAAAGAAAACAACCCUGCCAUGGCUGAUCAACCACGAUUUCUGAAGAGGACUGGCAGGGCCUCAAUUUGUACAACGGCAAGACGCGUCCUAGCAGCCCCAGCUCCAAGGCGGAACUCAAUGAUUCCACUCCCAAGUGUACCGAGUAUACCAAGUUCAUUUCCAUUAUGUCAAGUGGAUAUGAAAGAAGAUUCGGAAGGGUCUGAGACGAAUUGUUUGCCUGAGCAGACACAAUGCGACAGCCCUAAAGAAAUCAGAUAUGGCUCCAAGCGGAUAAGCACCAUGUUGAAACGAAGCCUUCAAAAGAAAGUUAACAUGAAGUCCCCACUGCAGCAACAUAUGAGAAGAGGUGGUAUAAAUGUCGGGAUGGAGAAGGUUAGAGUCUCUAUUGGAAGUCGAGGCAGGACCGCACAUAGGGUAUUGCUAGGAAAUGGUAGAAGAACAGGAAUGAGGGAAACUCAGCAGAAGCAGAUGCUAGGAGAAAAGGAAAGGAGGUGGAAUAGUGGAACAGUGGCAAGAACUCCAAUCUAAUUGAUACAUUUCUCACUGAUAUCUGACAUUACAUCUGCUUCCUUCCUUCUUGUAUAAUAGAAGGGUGAGAAAGGACUAUGGUGUGUAUUUUUUUAUUAUGCUAAUCAUCUGUUUGAAUCUUGUAAUUGCAUAAUCGUCACAUUUGCGAAGCCUUGGCAGAUGCGUUCGCAUCUGUAUCAGAGCCUGGUGGAAACAUGAAACGGCGUUUUCUUGUGGAAGAA